AUGAUCUACUACAGCAACCGGCGGUUAUGGCGCCUGCUGCUGCACGCCCACGGCUCGUCCAUCGCCCGAUCGUCCACUCUCAGUCGCGCCGCUGUCGUCGUCGCCCUGUCGACUGCCUUGACGCUCUCAGUGCAGCAGCCGAAAGAGCCCGUUCCCUCGACGUCCAGAAAAGAAGCACUAAACCAGCACCUGCUGCUUGGCGCCUCUAGUUUCCUCGCUGUUCUCGUCAGUCUGCGGCUCUUUAGUGCGUUGCGCCAAUGGCAAAAGGGCGUCACGACCGUCAGUGCGCUCGCUGAUGCCGCGCGCACGCUCAUGGCAACGACCUGCGCCUUCGUCCACUUCUCCCGCAAAGGCGCGGCGACUGACCGCGGGGUCCAGCUCCGCACCAAGUGCCAGUUCCUCCGCGACGUCAAGCGGUACAUUCUGCUGUACGUGACGUUGAUGUUUCACGAAUGUAACCGAUGCGACGCGUCGGUGGAAGUGCGUGCGUUGCUGACGCCGACAGAAGCAGAGGAGCUGCUGAGUACCGACAUUUUGACCCUCGGUGACUGCACGUGGAACCGGGAGCGCAAUGCCGUCGGCUCGGCCAAUAAGAUGCGCGCAGCGAUCGUCGAGCUCUGGCUCCGACGGACGAUGAACAGAGCACGGAGGAAGAGCUACGUGACAGGGGAACAGGCCAUGGAGCUCAAUCAAAUCGUCUCGACGUUGUCGCAGCUGUACACGAGGAUCUUCAAUCUGUGCAAUGUACCCAUUGCCUUCAACUUGGCACAGUGUCUACAUGUGUGCUACAUCGGGUACUUGCUGCUUAUGGGUGCUGUGUUGACACCCGUGAUGGGCUUGAUGGCUUCGCUGUGCGUGGGCAUUGCCGCGGUGCUGCUGAUGGCACUGGACAAUGUGGCUUCCUCUAUUGAAUGUCCCUUUGGUGUCGAUGCAAACGAUGUGGACCUCGAAGCACGCAUCUUGUGUAUCCAAGACGAGCUCAAGGUGAUAUUGCAGGCUCAUUUUCAUUCCGUUGGCCACGUCGACUUGUUCAAGGAGCAAGACCGCAUGGCGUCGCUGUCGUCUCUUCUUUCAGUAGACAUCGAUACUGUAAGUCGAGGUCGCACGCGACACGAGUCAGUAUCGUCGUCCUACUCGUCAACCGAACGCCCGUCGCAGUAUACCGCGCCAUCGUCAAUGUCGGCCACUGAUCGAGCCGUGUUGCUCUCAACAGCCCAUUCAGAUGCUUACGGUACGAUUGCAGAAGCCGAUGAUGAAUUGGCAAGCCCACCGGCAAUGCACGGGUCGGAUGAUCACGCGCAUGUUGCUGUCUAG